AUGGAUUUUAACAAGCAGGAGAAGUCAGCCACCGCCUACUCCUCAUCUUCCUCCAAGACUGCCAAAAGGAAGCAUCAGCAGCAGCAAUUACAAGCCCAGCAGCAUCAAGUACUACAGUUCCUCGGUGUGAGGAGGCGGCCUUGGGGCAGAUAUGCUGCCGAGAUAAGAGACCCAACCACCAAAGAGAGACAUUGGCUGGGCACUUUCGACACAGCUGAGGAGGCUGCCUUGGCCUAUGACAGAGCUGCCCGCUCCAUGCGCGGCUCCCGAGCACGCACCAACUUUGUUUACUCCGACAUGCCCCCGGGCUCCUCCGUCACCUCCAUCCUCUCUCCGGAUGACCCACAACCAUCACCAAUCCCGCCCGCCCCCCAACCAUCUCAUAUUUACUACUGCUCAGGAAAUGGCAGUAGUCGCACAUCUUUACAGCAGCAGCAGCAGCAGCAGCAGCAACAGCAGGCAGCAGGAGGGAAUGGUACGAUGACAGAUGACACGGAGCUGCCACCUCUUCCCUCGACAUUUUUCGGGUCAAACAUGCCGGGUUUGGGAUUGGAGAUGAGUCAUCAGGGGAUUUGGAGCGACAAUAGUAGUGGUUUUAUUGGGUUUUCGGAGCAGAGCACGAGCGGAUUUGAUUCGGCGGGCGCAGGGGGUUCGUAUUUGGGGUUUGACCCAACCGAGUUUGUGCAGCACAGCCCACUGUUUGGGAGAAUGCCACCAGUUUCAGACUCAGUUCCGGAUGGAUUUGAUUUGGGAUCCUCUUCCGCUUACUUUUUUUAA